GUUAGGUGAUGUCAAUUUUAAUGUCACUUAGAUGUGCGUUCACUUCGACAUUCUGUGUGUUGGUUUGUUCGUUGGCUUGGUUUUGUAUAACAAAAAAAACUUCGUCACAAGAUGAUUGGUCUAUUCCCGAUGACGUAUAAUUUCAAAUUUUAAAUUUCAAUUGGGCUUAAUUUAAAAACUUUUGGCUUUUUUAACGAACUGACUAUUUAGAAUAACUUGUAUAGCGACUAACUAUUACAAUAUAAUUUAUAAAACAGCAUAUCUCACAUGUGAACAUGGCCCAUUAACAAAAUAAAUCUGAAAAAUAAUAAGAUUGGGUAGAGGUCCUUCCAUUUAUAUUAAUGGGUAUGUUGGGAGCCUAUGAAGAGGAUCUUCAUACUACGGUUGCAGAAAUGGUUUAUGGAGAAUCUAUUCGCCUUCCUGGAGAAUUUUUAGUAGACCAUAAUAAAUUAGAACUAAAACCAGUUGACUAUAUCACUGAAUUGAGAAGACGAUUUUCAUAUAUCAGACCUGCUACUAGAACUCGCCAUGGAAAGCAAUCCACGAAUGUUUUUAAAGACUUGAAUUCGGUUUCACAUGUAUUCUUAAGGAAGGAUAUGUUUAAAAAAAGUCAUGAGUCUCCAUAUGAAGGACCGUACCAAGUCGUACAGCUAAAAAAGAAGCAGUUAGUUAUUUGUAUUUGUGGUAAAAACGUUACAGUUUCUAUCGAUAGAGUAAAGCCAGCCUAUAUUUUGAAUAAAGAGCAGCCAAAUCUAUUAUGUAAACAGCCUACAGAUGUACCUUCAGGAGUGAUACAAACUAGGUACUAGAUCCGAAAGACAAGUGAAACUUCCUGUUAGAUUUAAUUUUUAAAAUGUUUAAUGUUAUAUAUUAUAUUGUAUUCUUUUUGCGGGGGGAGUACUGUAGUGACUAUCGCCCUCCUCACUUCGUGACUGCUGCAGAC